ACCGAGACUCGGGGUCUCAGGGAAGGGGCGCAGGUGACCGCCAUCUUGGAUUUCGAACCGGCGCGCUGCCCUCCGCGGUAGGGGCGGAGUGGCCGUCCGUCUGUCACUCGCAGCAGCCGUCACCGCCGGGAGGUGGGAAGUCAGGGCACAGGAGAGUACCACGUUAAUGGAUGCCAUGGCUAGUCCAGGGAAAGAUAACUAUAGAAUGAAAAGUUACAAGAAUAAAGCUCUAAAUCCUCAAGAGAUGAGGAGAAGAAGAGAAGAAGAAGGAAUACAGCUUCGGAAACAAAAGAGGGAAGAACAGUUGUUCAAACGCAGAAAUGUCUCCUUGCCCAGAAAUGAUGAAUCUAUGCUAGAAAGUCCUAUCCAGGAUCCAGAUAUCACUUCCACUGUACCCAUUCCAGAGGAAGAAGUUAUUACCAGUGAUAUGGUUCAGAUGAUUUUUUCUAAUAAUGCUGAUCAGCAACUAACAGCAACACAGAAAUUUAGAAAGUUGCUUUCUAAAGAACCUAAUCCACCAAUAGACCAAGUUAUACAAAAGCCAGGAGUUGUACAGAGAUUUGUGAAAUUUCUUGAAAGAAACGAAAAUUGUACUUUACAAUUUGAAGCUGCAUGGGCAUUAACUAACAUAGCAUCUGGAACUUUUCUACAUACCAAAGUAGUGAUUGAAACAGGGGCUGUUCCAAUUUUUAUCAAACUUCUUAAUUCAGAACAUGAAGAUGUUCAGGAACAAGCUGUUUGGGCACUUGGUAAUAUUGCUGGUGAUAAUGCAGAAUGCAGAGAUUUUGUGUUGAACUGUGAAAUACUUCCACCUCUUUUAGAGUUAUUAACAAAUUCAAACAGACUUACAACAACCAGAAAUGCUGUAUGGGCCCUCUCAAAUUUAUGUAGAGGCAAAAACCCUCCUCCAAACUUUAGUAAGGUUUCACCUUGCUUAAAUGUACUAUCACGAUUAUUGUUUAGCAGUGACCCCGAUGUGUUAGCAGAUGUGUGUUGGGCCCUUUCUUAUCUCUCUGAUGGACCCAAUGAUAAAAUUCAAGCUGUCAUUGAUUCAGGAGUCUGUCGAAGAUUGGUGGAGCUUUUGAUGCACAAUGAUUAUAAAGUUAUAUCACCUGCACUAAGAGCAGUUGGUAACAUUGUGACUGGUGAUGAUAUUCAAACACAGGUAAUUUUGAACUGUUCUGCAUUGCCCUGUCUCUUACACUUACUGAGUAGCCCAAAGGAAUCAAUAAGAAAAGAAGCUUGCUGGACUGUUUCUAACAUCACUGCUGGAAAUAGAGCUCAGAUUCAGGCUGUUAUAGAUGCAAAUAUUUUUCCUGUUUUGAUUGAGAUUCUUCAAAAAGCAGAGUUUCGCACUAGGAAAGAAGCAGCUUGGGCUAUAACUAAUGCGACAUCAGGAGGCACUCCGGAGCAAAUAAGGUAUUUGGUAGCCUUAGGCUGCAUUAAACCACUUUGUGACCUUUUGACUGUUAUGGAUUCCAAAAUAGUACAAGUGGCUUUAAAUGGACUUGAAAAUAUUUUACGUCUUGGAGAACAAGAAUCCAAGCAGAAUGAAAUAGGCGUUAAUCCCUACUGUGCUCUCAUUGAAGAAGCAUAUGGUCUGGAUAAAAUUGAAUUUCUUCAAAGUCAUGAAAAUCAGGAAAUUUACCAGAAGGCUUUUGAUCUUAUUGAACAUUACUUUGGUGCAGAAGAAGAUGAUCCCAGCAUUGCACCUCAGGUGGAUGAAAACCAACAACAGUUUGUAUUUCAACAGCAAGAAGCACCAAUGGAAGGGUUUCAACUUUGACUUGAUGAGGGAAAAAAUUUUUGGCUAAAAGGGUAGCUUCAGAUACCUUCUUUUCAUUGCCAGUUUCUGUAGAGAUGUUUGAUGUUUUUCACAUAGAACAGAAAAGAAAGAGUUUGCACUUUAAAAACAUAAUAUGAAACAAAAUUUCCAUUCAGAUGCAAGCUUCUCUUAUAGAUUUUUUUUGGUGUGCCUAUAUUUAUGUCUGUUAUUGUUUGGACUUUUAUAUUUAUGAACAAAUAAGUAUGUUAUGCAAUUAUUUGAUAACUAAGCUUGAAAAGAAGAACUUUAACAAAGUAAUACAUAAUGGUUCUGAAAUUUUUCAAGCAUCUUGGAAACUGUACAUUAGCAGUACAGCUAUUGAUAACUACAUUUUGACAUUAAGUCUGACAUGCCCAAUUUCCACCAAAUCUACCUCUAUUUUGAAGCAAAAAUAAAAACAAAAGCUUCAGAGACAUAAAAUAAGUGUAAAAGUUAAAUUAGAAUGUGAAAAUAUUUAUUACCUUAAAUUAUAAAUCACUGUGCUGUUGGUUAUACUUUGCAUAAAAAUUGCAGCAGAAAGCCUAUAAAAUGUAUUAAUAUAGAAGAAAUAUUGUAUUGAUAAUCAAUUAAAAUGUGGUAAUUGUGAAGGGAAAAGCUGUUCUUCAUUUUGAACACAUUAAAAGGAUUACAAAGCAUUGAAGUACUUGUGUUUUUAGCAUACAAAUGCUGUUAUAUUUGUAUAUUUUGUAUUUCAACCAAAUAUGCUACCAUUUUUGAAAUAGUAUUUUAUUAUUUUUUCAUUAUUCAUAUUAAAGAGCAUCAUGAUAAGGAUGCCAUCAUGAAUCUAAAGUAGUGCUGCAUAUCUAAAAUAAUCCUGUAAUUAUUUCUCUGGGUUUCUCAGAGCAAUAAUUGAAAGGUUUCAUUCUCUGUGUCAUAAUGAACUUAGGUACUUGACAGGCAAAAUUUUCCUGAAGAUAUCUUGUUAUCUAUUAAUUCUUAUUAAAUGCAGUUGGUGUUUAGAUAUUAAUUGAUAAUAUUAAUGAAAAUUUCUAAGGAUUCUUUAAUAUGGUUGAAACUUAUAUUGCCAAUUUUGUCUUUUGGUAAUAUAUGGAGGGUCCUACUGCUGCUUGUUAUGAAUCUUUACAUUUUAUCAGGUUGGUCAGUUCAAUGCGUGUGUUUUGAAACUUCUUCAAACUAUGACAGUGUAAAUGUUUCAAUAAAAAUUAUAUAUUUAUUUAUAGAUAGGUAGAUGUGUGUGUGUAUGUAUGUGUUAAUCUCACAGUACGAUGGUUGAUAGAAUUUUCUAUGUUGAUAUGGUACUGUUGAACUCAAUCUUUUAAUUUAUAGUUAUAUGCAAGCCUUAUUCAUUUCCAGUUAUUUAAAACUUAGUUUCAACUUUUUAAGAUGGGAACUAAAACAGUUUUGAUAUGAUUUCUAGUCUAUUCUGUGAAGAAAGAUUUCAUCUUUGAUAGCAUUUAUAAUGUUUCUGCUGAAAAUCAGAGGCAUAUUACAGAAGGAAAAUGUAUAUAGGAAUACUUUUAAAUAGUAUGACACUUGGUAAAUAAUACAUUAUGAAAGUAUCUUUUGGCAAGACACUUAAAACCUAUAGCUACAAAGUACCGAUUUACAUAGUGCCCAUAAUGCUGACUGCACCUGUCAACCCUCUUUUAUAUUAAGUAAAAGAUUGUAUCUGUGUCCUUUUAAUUGUUGUGAAAGUUAUUCUAUAGUUGAGUAUAAAAUGUUUUUUUCUUUUGCAUUAUAUAUAUUUAAAGAAAUAGGGUAGUUAUGUUACAGAUUGCUAAACUGAUGAUGAAUUUAUCAGAUAAACACUGUGUUUGUGGUGCAGAUGGUUCUUCUAAGUGUUAGGUGACAGGGUAUUCUACUCUUUCCAGUGAAUCGAACUUGAUAGUACAGCAUAAUUCAUAAACUAGCCAAUUGUGCCUGCCUUUAUUUUGAGAACUCCUUAGUCAGUAAGUUAAUAACUUAGUAACUUAAUAAGUUACUAAGCCAAAUCUUUGUAAUAAAAUAGUUCUUAUAGAAAGGAAGAUAAUGUGUGUGUACCCUGCAUAUAUACAUAUAGUGACCUAUGAAAGAUUUUAAAACAUUCGCCAGUAGAACAGACAUAUGUCUGAGUAGUGCUAAUGACCAUAUGUUAAACAUUUUAAUGCAAAGUUAUAUUUAAUUUCUUGGAUCUGUUACUUGGGUAGUUAAUUUGAUUAGAUUUGAAUACAAAGUAUAGUAUACUAGUUGGGAUCAGCCCUAUUUCUAGGGCUGCAUUCAUUGAAUCAAGACUAACAUGUUUUAUUAAUUAAAAAAAGUGACAAUUCUUUGUAAUUGUAACAUUUAAAAUGCUCCAAAAAUGAGUCUUCAUCUGAGUUUUGUGAAUUUUUUUCUUUUUUUGACUUGCUGUUCUAAGAUUUAUUAUAUGUAAAUCUGAAAGAAACUGUGCCAAAAAGUUAAAAUGUGUUAUAAAAAGAAAAUGCAUGCAACAUUAAUGCAAAAAUUAGGAAGAUACUUGAAAAUAUUUAAAUUUAGUAUUUUAUUUUGUUCAGAUUGUAAUUUCUACAAGUUAAUCUAUGCAACUUUGCUUCCUUGUUUUAUAUUUAUAAGUGUUUGACUCACUGGCCUGGCCCUUUUUUUUCUGUAAGUAGUUUUUGGAAGGUUAUUCUAACUUAAUUUUUAGUGUCGUUAGGCUUUAGUAUCAUUUGUUCACUUACUGGUAGCACCAGAACAAGAAAGCCAAAAAUACAAAAAAUGGAAAUCUGCUGGCACAGAAUAACAUAUCAUGUGGUGACUGUUAAAACCUGUUUACAGUUAAAAGUUGAUUUGUUGGAUCAAGGACUAAACAAAGCACUUAUUACCUUUGCCUUUAUAUUUUUUUUUCUCUUAAGAAGGAGCAUUACAGAAAAAGUAAAUAUAAAAAUGUCUUAGAUAUCUGUUGCUGUUCUAACUUCAGCAAUCUGCAGGCUGCUUAGUUGUGAAACUGUGAAAUCAAAUUGCUGAUAGUUUAUUCAUGUUCAUAGCAUUGCUGUUUUAUGAAAUAGGAUGUUUUAGUAGGCUCAGAUAUAGAGCUGUCAGUGGAUAUUGUGUCUCUAAACUCUGGGAAAUGAGGGGAGGAUAUUCUUACCUAAUUAAAUAAAAACAGUAUUUAAGCAGUAUGCAAUAUUAUGAAAUGUUAUAACACUAUACUAAAAAUAAUAAAAUACUAUUUUACAAUUGCA